AUGGCAGUCCCAGACAGGGACGGAGCUGCGGUCCUGGUCAAUCUUCCCGUCUUCAACACGAUGAACGUUCACGUUUGGUUCUCGCAACUGAGCGCAAUAUUUCAGGCCGAGAGAAUUCAGUCACAGAACGCUCGUUUCGCUUAUGUAGUCGAGAAACCACCUCCCGACAUCGCAUCGGAAGUUUCCGAUUUGACCGGAAAGUCAGAGAAACGACGAAUCAACGACCUGUUCAACACGCUUCAACUCGACCAGAACAAACCAACACAACUUCUUCGGAAGAUGAAAAACCUUCUGGGUAACAUCAUGUCAGAGGUUUUGCCACGAAAACUCUGGCUGGACAAGCUGCCGAUCCACACCGCGCAGAUUUUGACAACACUCCCUGAGGACUUGGACCUACUACAAGUGGCUGCAAUAGCCGAUAGAAUCGUACAGGCAAGGACCCUCAACGGCACCCAUAUUUCCUCGGCGGACAGCACACCACGUGACGAUACACUAAAGAAAAUGCAGCAGCAGAUCAACAAAUUGUCCACGCAACUGGAGCGACUGAGUAGAAUGCGUUCGUGUCCAGCAUACAAUGCAUAA